AUGAACAGCCAAUUCUAAUAAGGUCGAUCCUAAAGCAUCAAGUUCAUAUAAACUCAAACAAUAUAUGAGCAACCCUUCUUUACUCCUAAUAUUGAUAUUCUCUCGAUCUCUGAAAAUCUUUAUAUAGAAAAGAUUUCAAAAUAGGCAACAUCUCGAGACUAAUCUCCUCGAAAAUGGUAGGAAUCUCACAAAAAGCCAUUGAUAUAGUAGCCUAAAGUUGUACAACCUCAAGAAGUUCAAAAGGAAGUAAAGAUUAUACAUGUUAAUAAUGAUGAAAAAAUAAUUCAACCUAAAGAAAUAAUCUCAAAACCAACAACUGAGCAUAAGUAACUUAUAGGAAGAGCUAAAGUUUUACUCUUAUAAUAACGUACAUUAAAUAUGAAAAAAUACUUUAAAAUAGCUUCACUUGCUAUAAUUGCUGCUAUAAGGAUCAAGAAAUCAUUAAACUAUUCACUUUGGAAGAAGUAUUAAACUUAAUUGAAGAAUAUUACAUUCUUUCUUAAAUUAGAAUUAGUACAAACUGAACGAAUUAAUGCGUGGUGUAAAGCAGUUUGUGCUAAAUCACUUACUUCAGUAAAUUAAUAACUACACAAUUUUAUUGAAUAUCCGAAUGACAAAGAAAUGGCGGAUUAAUCAAUGAUGAAAUCAAUUAACUCUUGUUAAUUUUUAUUAGAAAAUUUAGCUUAUUUCUCAUAGCCUAAAUACUUUUGUGAAGAGUUGAAAUACUACUUAUUAAGUUAAGUAUUUUUAGAUCACAAGUCUUAUUUUUCUAAAUUUGUAUCAAAUAGAACAUUAUAUUUGCAUACAAGAAAUAGAUAAAUAAAACAAGAAGAGUUAACAAUGAUUUUAGUUGAAUCAAUCUUGAUUGAUUAAAUUUUAGUAAAUAUUUUCGACUCUAAUUAAAAGUGCUUAUUUUUACUCAAAAUAAUUGCAAGUCUUCUCUAAUAUUUGUUUAUUAAAAUGUUUGAUAAACUCAAAUUAAAAAGAAAUAAUAUCCAAAAAUUAAGUGCUCAUUAAGUUAUAUCAACAGAAAACAAAAUGAAAUUGAAUUUGAUACCAAACCCAUAAAAUAAUGAUCUACUUAUAUUAGGACUAUAUAAAGAUGAGGAUAUAAUUUCUCUAUUAAAUUAUAAGAAAACUGCAUCUAAAAAAAUAGAUUAGAAUUUCGAGAGAUUUUGUUGUAAUAUUUACACAACAAUUUUGGCAUGA